AGGGGGUGACCAUAAAUCUGGCCUGGAUCUCGAACCCUAAAAUGACCAGAGCUGGAUUUUCUUUCCUCCUUGGUUGACAAACAUCAAUAACGGAUAGACAGCCUCAGGUAAAGACCCAAAAGCAGAAAACUAAGGAAAGGAAGCCGAAGAUGCAUGCUAGGCACCGAAGUCCUGGAAAUGGGUACAGGUCUAGUUCGAUGGGGAUGGGUGCCUCGAGGAUAUCCCCAGAUAGCUCAGCCAGAGGCCAUGGAUUUUACAAUUCUGAAUACAGAAGCUUCAAUAAUCGUGGCUUUGGCCGUGGCCAGGGCCAGCCCAAAUCUUUUCAACAGCCACCUCAGCCACCACCACGUAAAGGAGACAUUUUGAUGGAAGCGGGUAGACUUGCAGCUGAAUAUUUAGUUUCCAAGGGAUUGUUACCUGAGAAUGCACUUUCUGGUAAGUGGCAGAAUGGUAGUUUAAGGAAGCAAGCUGGAGACUAUCAGGAUUUUAGGGUACAAGAGGACUUUGCACAGGAGGGCCGAACAUCUGCCCGUUCCCGCCUAGGAAGUGUUGUUUCUGAUGCUGGAGCAGGUAGGAGAAGGUAUUCUGAUGAUUUCAAUUCGAGAAAUCAUGUAAAAGGUAGGAGGAGAGGAGAGUAUUAUCAUCGGAAUUAUAGCUCGGAUUGGGGCAGGGAAUACGGGAGGAGCGGGUCGUGGUCAGAUAGAAAUCAGAUGUCUCUUGAUACGGAGGGGGAUGAUGAUUCUAUUUCUGGACACUAUGAAGAGCAUCAAGUUGGUGAAGAUGUUGAUGGGAAGUUUGGUCAGAGUGGGUCGGCACCAGAGAGUGAGGAGGCAACUGAAAUUGAAUCAGGAGCAGAGUUCAAAGAUGACAUGGGUUCCAAGGCAACUUCUUUUAGCAUUGGGAAAGAUGAGACUGAUGGGGAACCUUCUAAGGUGUCUGAUGAUUUGGCAAACUUGAAUUCUGGGAAUGAGGAGAUGGACUACAAUCAUAGUCAUGAAACCGAGAAACAAAUUAUUUCUGAGGACUCACCUAUCCACUCCUGUGCAGUGGAGGGUGAUCUCUCUAGCAAGCAUGGAUCUGAUUUACUAACAUUCUGCAAAUUUGUGAAGGUCCCAACUAAAACACGGUCUGCAUUGACGUACAGGGUCCCCAAGGUUGACCAAGUUCCCAACAAGGAAGAGCAAAAAUCAUCUGAUGUUGGGCCUCCCAAAGGAUCUGAAGUCUCAGUUCCAGAUGCCACUCUUGAUUUCUCCACCGGUGAUUCACUACCAAAUACAACGCAGGAUUCAAAAUGUGAUCUUGAAAUGUCUAAAGUAGUGCCUGCACAUUCUAAUGAAUAUAUUGGAGAAAUAGGCCCCCCAUUUGUUUCUGGGCAGGGUAAAUGCAUGAGGUCUCAAUCCUUUCCAGAUAGGGCUUUUAUGCGUGACAGCAAGCAAGAAUUAAGUCAGGGGAUGGCAAGCUUUGGAAGGUCCACAUCAGUUAAGGAGGUAGGUGAGAAACGAACUGCUGAAGAUGAUGAUAUGAAUGAGGCAACCAAGAAGCCUAGAGAAUGUUUUCCAUCAUUGGUUAGUAAAGCCAAUGACCAGCUUCAUCUCUCUAAUUAUAGUCAAAAUCAAGAUAGCUCACAAGCAGGGAAACCUUCACCUGAUCAUCCAGUGAGUGUUGCUGUCACUCAAGACAACUCAAUUCAUAGUCAUCAAUUUCAAAAGUCAGUUGGUGAACCAAGUGCAGGGUACACGCAAGAGAAACAACUUUUUCCAAGUUCGUUUAAGAUCUGUGACCUCAAUUUAAUGGAAGCUGCUGAUAUAAAUGAUUACCAUUGUAAUGACCCAGUUCUUGUGUACCCGUCUAUUCCAGCAAGCAAUAAAGAAGAUGCACAGGUUGAAAUUGAUUUGUCAGUAAGCAAUGCAAAUAAUGGCAAACAUAUUGAAGUCAUUGAUUUGGAGAAUGAUUCCAACUCAGGAGAUAAGGCUUUUUAUAAUUCACAGCGAGAGGAAACAACGUUUACUGGCACAGAGGGGAUUCCGAAUAAUGCACAGAAUGCUGGAGAUAUAACUGAGGUUCCAGAUAGCUAUGAUAGUCUUACAAUUUCAGAGUUCCUUACCACUUUUUCAAACUGUACUUCUGUAACAGAGGACAUCAAUCCACUGCAGAAUGAGAUGAGUCUUCAUAAUGGAGAGGGCACUCUCGGUGAUGAUGACUCAAUUUACAUGUCUCUGGGAGAAAUACCAUUGAGCUUCAUACCAGCUUGGGAGCAGCCAACACCACAGGGUUACGGGAAGCCCUUCUAAUCUGCAAGGAAUGCUAGUUGGUAUGCUUACUAUUGAUCGUUGGGUUUCUUUUGUUAUUGACUAGCUUAAUCCAAAUUCAAACCUGCUUUGGUUUUUAUUUUGAAGUUUGCUCGUAAAUAGUGCAAGCAACCGUCUCUUGUAGCAAUUUCAGGAUUCAUGUAUGCUUUUCCUUUUGUUGGCCUGCCCACUCAUUUAACAUAUCAGUAAAGUGUUUAUCAUAUUGAUUAGAAAUGGUACAGAAAUCCAUCUGUAUUUGCAUUUUCCAA